AUGAACAACGAUGUGUUGGCAGAUAUUCUCUUGCAUUUGCCUGUCCAAUCUCUUCUUAAAUUCAGAGCUGUAUGCAAAUUUUGUGUUGAUGUCAUCGAUUCUUCACGUUUUCGGAAACUACACAUCCACAACAACAGAUCAGAUGAGACGGUAUGUCUAGAAGUAAUUUUAUCCAAUGAUGGAAUUCAAGUCCAACACAACACGAAGUCAUUAAUCUCGUAUAAUUUCAAGAACUUAGGGUUAAUCUCCGAUGUUCGAGUUUCGUUAUAUGGGCUAGUUAAGGGUCUAAUCAUCCUCGACCUAGCCAAAUGGAACCAUUUAGACCGGAAACCGAGGGCUCCCAUAGUCAUAUGCAACCCUUUUCUAGGCCAACUCAAGCUUCUCCCACUAAUUACUACCUCUUCGUGUAUAAUACCCUUGCGCUCGGUUGCAAUUGGUUUCAUUGAUGAAGAUUACAAAGUAGUGCAACUGUCGAUUUGCAAAAUGCACUACUGUCUACAUGCCCAUGUGUACUCAAGAAGCGCGGAUUCUUGGAGGGAGUUGGCCUUUGAUAAUGAUAUAGGAUAUGUUACUCGUGUAAAAUCUAUGUGCGAGAAUGGCCACUUUGCCCACUGGAUAUCGGAGAGUAUGUCGAGUGGAGAAGUUGCGAUACUAAGCUUGGAUAUGAAGAAUGAAGUGUUUAAGAAAAUCAUGUUGCCGGUGGAUGGAUUGUAUUAUUAUCUUCAUAGUAGGAUUUUUGAAAAAGAUGAGCACUUGUUUUGGCGGUUCGAUUUCCCUUACACAUGGCAGGAUAAAUCAUCCGUGCAUAUUUAUGAGUCGAGAUGUGAAGGAAGCAAAUUGAGUUGGAUGUAUAUGUUGCGUGUGGAACUGCCCUACACUUCUUCGACUGGGAUAAUACCUCGAUGGAGGACUGGUUUUUUUGUUAUCGAGCGUGAGAGGGACGCAUAUGUGUAUGAUUAUCGUGCACAUAAAUUUGUCUCUAAGCUGAGUAAUAGGUCCCUCACUGAGUAUAGAGGUAGCUUCGUUUCACUUGAAAAAGAGAAUUGA